CCAUUCUGACAUUCUCCGGUGAUGGAGGCAAACCGGAGCGAGCCAUGGCUGCUGUCCUUCGGUUUUGUGGAAAAUGCCUCCUCUUCUUUCUGGGCCAUGAAUGCUACAGAGCCUACAAGAAUGGUCCCUGCGGCGCUUCUGAAAGGCAGCUUUUUGCUGGCCAUUAUACUAAUGGCCAUAAGCGGCAACCUUAUGGUCUUGCUGGCCGUUUCCCUGAACGCAAACCUGCGCACAGCCACUAAUUGUCUCAUAGUGAACCUGGCGCUCGCCGACCUUCUGCUUGGCGCAAGUGUGCUGCCCUUCUCAGCGGCGCUCGAGAUCUUCGACAAGCAGUGGUAUUUCGGUCAAAUCUUUUGCCAUGUGUGGGCAGCCACGGAUGUACUCUGCUGCACAGCAUCCAUCAACAGUCUAUGUGUUAUCAGUGUGGACCGCUAUAUUGGUGUCACGCGGCCGCUCACCUAUUCGUGCGUGGUGACGCACCGGCGGGCCCUGGUUGCAUGUGUCCUCGUCUGGCUGCUGUCAGCUAUAAUAUCGGUGGGGCCACUACUCGGCUGGCGGGAGCCUCCUCCCACAGACCCAUUCGUCUGUGAAGUCACAAAACAAACGGGUUAUGUUUUGUUUUCCGUGUCUUUCUCCUUCUAUAUUCCGACACUGGUGAUCCUUGUCCUCUACUAUCGUAUCUACAGGGCAGCCACUCGCCAGACAAAGUUUCUCCGUAGGGGGGUCAAGACUAUAAAGGGCGGUCAGCUGACUCUACGAGUGCACACGCUCUGCAUGGCGGGAGACGAUGUGUCGGCAGCUGGCGUUCAAGGCCGUCUUGCCAAGUUCAAGCGUCAGAAGAAAGCAGCCAAAACGCUCGGCAUCGUUGUCGGCGUGUUCAUAAUCUGCUGGUUUCCGUUCUUCUUCUUGCUACCGCUAGGCACCCUGUGCGAGCAAUGCACCGUGCCGCAGCUGCUGUUCGAUUUCUCUUUUUGGACCGGAUACCUUAACUCCUGCCUCAAUCCAUUCAUAUAUGCAUCCACAAGUCGCGAGUACAAGCGAGCAUUUUGCGCUAUUCUGCAUUGCCAGUGCAACAAGCCCCGUGAGGUGCCCUUCUUCAUUGCGCCGGACACGCGUCGCGCCUGGUCGGGAACUGCGGGACACACCGCCAGCUGUUCCCCAGGGGGCUCGCACAUCCGCUGAGAAGAUGUGCCACGAACGUCUCUCACCUUUAUUGCGGUCAGCCGCAAACGGUCCACAGUGGAUAACGAAAAGGCCCAGCUGAGGUCUAACAAAAAGACCUUGAAAGCGUAUUCAUGGGACCUUUUGCAGAGCACCAAUAAAUAUGAUGUAGAUCGUGGACAGAAGAAAUAAUGA